GCGGCGGGUAAGUGGCUCUUAAAGCCUCAUGAAAGUUCUAAUUGUAGGCAAGAGGCGUUUCUAGCAUUUGAUUUCCAUGGAGAAAGCUCUAGAGAAUGGAUUUCCUUUAGGAAGCGAAGACACAAGGCCUCUGUUACAUGAGGACUGGCAGUACACAGAUGAUGGAUCGCUGGAUAUUUACGGGAGACCUGCUUUGAGACAUAAAUCUGGCAAUUGGAGAGCUUCCGCCAUCAUUUUGGGUGUCGAGGUCUUGGAGAGCUUAGCUUAUUAUGCAAUUUCUACAAAUCUAGUUAUGUAUAUGAGCAAGAUCCUACACGAAGGCAAUGCAUCAAUUGCAGCUAGCGUCGGUACUUGGAUGGGGACCGGUUAUCUCACGCCCUUCUUGGGUGCUCUUGUAGCAGAUUCAUACUGGGGAAGAUACCGGACUGUUUUCGUCUCUGCUUUGAUCUACUUGCUUGGAAUGGUAAUUCUCACUUUCUCAGCUUCCAUUUCAUUCCUGAAGCCGCCUCAGUGCGAAGGGAGCUCGUGUCCCUCAGCAACGGAAGCUCAAAAACUAGUAUUUUUCUCUGGUUUAUAUCUCAUUGCCUUCGGUAGUGGCGGGAUCAAAUCGUCAUUGCUUCCAUUGGGUGCAGACCAAUUCGAGGAAGGAAACCCAGUUGAGAAACAAAGGAAGGGAUCCUUCUUUAACUGGUUCUACUUCGCCCUCAACCUUGGCGCUCUGAUUUCAAGCACUUUCAUUGUAUGGAUUGAAGAAAAUAUCAAUUGGGCAGUCGGGUUUGGCAUUGCCACAUUGUUGAUGGCUCUAGCAGUUGUUGGUUUUAUCUCCGGAACGUGGAUUUAUAGGUUGCAAAGGCCAAGUGAGAGUUCAGUGAAAAGAUUUCUACAAGUUCUGGUUGCUUCCCUAAAGAAAACUAGCUUGGAAGUCCCAGUUGAUAGUAGUGAUUUGUAUGAGAUGAAAGGCAAGACAUCAAUGGCUCUAGGGAGUCAAAAAUUGGUCCAUACCGAUGAAUUCAGAUUUUUAGACAAAGCUGCAACAAUGACGGCUUUGGAUGUGAAAAACGACGGCUCUCCCAUCCCGUGGAGGCUUUGUACAGUGACCCAAGUGGAGGAGCUGAAGAUACUACUUCGCCUGCUUCCAAUCUGGUUGACCAGUAUCGUCUACUUCACUGGAUAUUCCCAAAUGUCCACUACAUUCAUCGAACAAGGGAGCGUGAUGGAUGCCGCAAUGGGACCGUUCUCUGUCCCUCCUGCCUCUCUCUUCGCCUUCGAAAUACUCAGUGUUAUGAUAUUAGUCUUUAUCUAUGACACAUUCAUAGUCUCAACAAUCAAGCGGUUUGUAGGUAAAGGCAGUGGGCUAUCAGAGCUACAACGAAUGGGGGUCGGGCGGUUCUUGAUAAUUCUAUCUAUGUCAGCAGCAGCAUUGGUGGAGAGGAAGAGACUUAAAAGCAUUGGUGCUGGUGAGUCCAUGUCCAUAGCAUGGCAGCUUCCUCAGUAUUUCAUAUUGGGAGCGUCCGAGGUCUUCAAUUGCAUUGGGCAGCUAGAAUUCUUCUAUGGUCAGGCACCUGAUACGAUGCGGAGCAUGUUCAUUGCCUUCUCCUUGCUUACGAACUCAUUUGGAAGUUACUUGAGUUCUUUCAUCGUGACGGCCGUGGCAACGGCAACGUCUGGAGAAGGGCAGCCAGGGUGGAUACCGGAUGAUCUGAAUGUGGGCCACCUGGAUUACUUCUUCUGGGCAUUGGCGGGCCUCAGUGCUUUUAACUUUGUCUUUUUUAUUGUUUUUGCAAGGUGGUACAGGCUUAAGAAAGUCAUGGUUGACCAUUAAGAUUUUGGGAUGUGUUUGGAUGCACAAGCGAAUUGAAUUGCGAAAUUCUGCAAACAAAAAUGGUGAGGUUUGAUAGUAUUGACAAUGAGGAAGGUGCUCAAAUCAUCUUUAAGUUGCUUCAAAUUCAGAUUGGAAGUAAUUAAUGAUUUGGAGCCCAGGAUCCACAGAUGAAUACUAAGGGGUUGUUCGAAUACACUUGUAAAAUUUUAAGUUAUAAAUACUCUAUAUCUUAAAAGAGUUUCAGGUGUAAAUUAUUCACAUGCUAUCAUGUUUGGCUUUCAAGUAAUAAAGUGUUUCAUCUCUUUAUAUGUU